UGAAUACGGUUGUUCCUGAUCCAUACAUGGAUGAAAUUUUUCAUAUUCCACAAGCACAAAGAUACUGUGAAGGAAAUUAUCAUGAAUGGGAUCCAAAAUUAACAACCCCACCAGGAUUAGCUUUCAAUGCUUUUGUUCUGUCAUCGUUUCCCGUAAAUUGGUUUUAUACUUUUUUAUAUUAUACUGAUUCUGGAUCAACAUUUUUUGUUUUAUGGGCUUAUCUAUUAGCUUUGAAACGACAGUUUUGGAUGAGUGCCAUGGUUUCGGGGGUUGGUGUUCUUUUUCGGCAGACGAAUAUAGGAUGGGUUUGCUUUACUUUAGGUGUGUCGAUUGUAGACGUUUUAUCUGAUGAUAAUUUUUCAAAUAAACAUUUUCACGGAAUUUUAAGACCUGUCAAAGAAAAAAAUAUUGGAUAUGUGAUCGGAAUUCAAGAAAUAUUUAAUUUCGCAUUGAUAGCAUUAAGAAAUUUAGUAGAAUUAAUAAUAAUAUUUUAUCCUUAUCUUUUAGUCUUAUUAAGCUUUAUUUAUUUUAUUAUAUGGAAUGGAGGUAUUGUUUUAG